AGACAAUUGAAAAAAAAAAAAAAAAAAAGGAAAGGUCCGUAGUUUUUUAUAUAUAUAUUUAUAGUUUAUAUACAUAUGGAUCAAAUGAGGAGAGAAAGAAAAAAAUAAUCACCUUACUUAGCAUUCCUCAUCAAUUUAUUCCCAUUUGAAUCGGUGGGACACCUUUCACAUUUAUAUUGUCCCGCCACUCUUUCAACAAGAAGAAAGGCCUGGAGGCACCGACGGACCCAGCAUCCCCCCUGACUUUUUAAUAUUUUUAUUUUAUAACUUAAUUUUUUAAAAAUUUAUGAAAAUAUUUCCCUAAAAUUAUAAUUCGCUCCUACUGAAUUCUUUUUUUUAGCAUUUUAUAUUUCAAAUUUGAAUAAUUUAUGAAGAUACCCCACUAGAAUUAUAAUUUGCCUCCUUGAUUUUUUUUUUUUUUCAUUUUAUACUUUAAUUUUUUUUAAAUUUAUGAAAAAAAUCCUAUUAAAAUUACAAAAAUAAAUCCAUCAUAUAUACCCACAAAUUAAAAAGCCGCCCCUUACCAAAUUUUCUGAUCCGUCGUCACUGCCUGGUGGUGCUGUUUGCUCCUAUGAAACUGUGUCACGCACUUCUUGGGUGAGUGUCUUUUUGUGUUAUUAUUAUUUCAGAAUCCGUCAGCAGGCUGAUACUCUUAUCAGACAUUAAUAUGUUAAAAGAGUGUUCCUUGAUGAAAUUCGACAUAACUUUGAUAAGGGAAAGAUAAUUACAUUUCUCUAAAAGUUUUUGUGAUUUCGUAGUUUGUUUGGUGUAUCAUUGAUGUCCAAUUCAUGCUGUCUCGCUCUGUCCGUAGUGUUAUGAAAAAACUUGAACACAAUUUGUAUGCUCCAUUUCACUGUGUCCGUACUAAUCAGAAUAACAACUACCAUUCCCUCCCUUUCAACUCUCUUUUAAAUUCAUGUUCCUCUCUGUAUGACCUUAAACGAAUCCAUGCUCUCAUGAUACUCACUAAUGGGUCCCCCACUAACCUCUUCUUAUCAACAAAACUCGUCGCCUUAGCAUGCUGCCUAGGCACCACCAUGGACUAUGCCCGUCAACUGUUCGACGUAAUGCACCACAGAGAUGUGUUCCUUUGGAACACCUUGAUUCGUGGUUAUGCUUAUUUGGGUCCUUGUCAAGAAGCCAUAAUUCUUUACAGGAACAUGCAUCAGACUGGAAUCUUACCCGAUCACUAUACCUUCCCUUCUGUGGUUCGGUCUUGUGCAGUGCUCUCGGCUUUACGAGAAGGGAAGGAAGUGCAUUGUAAUAUAAUUAAGAAUGGGUUUGACUUGGAUGUGUUUGUACAAACUUCUUUGGUUACAAUGUACGCGCAGAGCGGAGUGACUGAGAAUUCUGAACUGGUAUUCAGUGAGAUGGUUGUGAGGAAUAUUGUUUCUUGGACUGCAAUGAUUGCUGGGUAUGUGCAAAGUGGAUUUUUUGAGAACGGGUUGGGUGUUUUUCGAGAGAUGGUGGCUUCAGGGACUCAACCCAAUGCAGUUACGCUUGUAAGCAUUCUUCCUGCCUGCGCAGGUUUGGGGUUUCUGAAGUUAGGAAAGUUGAUUCAUGGUUAUGGGGUUAAAUUGGGAGUGGAUUCGGAUAUUUCGUUGGUUAAUACUUUGAUUGCCUUGUAUGGCAAGUGUGGGAAUGUUGAUAUAGCGAGAUUUUUGUUUGAUCAAAUGCUGGUCCGGAACCUGGUCUCAUGGAAUGCAAUGAUUGCCACUUAUGAGCAAAAUAAUAUUUGUGGAAGUGCAAUUAAACUCUUCCGUACGAUGCAAAAUGAAAAGGUAGAAUUUGAUUAUAUCACAAUGGUUAGUGUUAUAUCUGCUUGUGCUAGUUUAGGAGCACUCAACGCUGGAAAAUGGGUACAUAAACUUGUAAGAGGCAAAGGUUUUGAAGCCAACGUUUCAAUCACAAAUGCACUAAUUGAUAUGUAUGCAAAGUGUGGAAACAUAGACUUGGCCAUGGAUGUUUUUGAUAGGCUGCCUCAUAGAAGCAUUGUGUCCUGGACUUCAAUUAUAGGGGCUUGUGCUUCUCACGGGCAUGGAGAGGAUGCUCUGAAGCUUUUCUCAGAGAUGAAAAAAGAAGGAAUUAGACCAAAUAGCUUCACCUUCACUGCUGUUUUGACAGCUUGUAGGCAUUCAGGUCUCGUAGAAGAAGGAAGGAAACAUUUUGAGAGCAUGACAAAAGACUACUCACUUGUGCCUGGUGUAGAGCAAUUUGCUUGUAUGGUUGAUCUUCUUGGUCGAGCUGGCCGAUUGGUGGAAGCUUAUGAGUUUAUUGAGAAUAUGCCAACUGAGCCAGACGUGGAUGUUUUGGGAGCUUUGCUUGGUGCUUGCAGAAUUCACAGUAAUGUCGAGCUGGCAGAGCUUGUGGCUGAACGAUUGUACCAAUUACACCCUCAAACUAUCACUUUCCAUGUUCUUAUGGCAAAUAUCUAUGCUGAAGCUGGUAGGUGGGAAGAUGUAGCAAGAUUGAAAAUGUCUAUGGAGGAAAGAGAGUUGAAAAGGAUCCCUGGCCAUAGUUUGGUUGAGGUAAAUCAAAGGUUUCAUACGUUUAUGUCAGGUUCAAGAUCCUGCCAUUCUUGACUUGCGCAUCCAACUGAAUCAUAUUCAUCUCUAGUGUUGUGACUCCAAAUCAUGCAAGGGCAAGCUUGCCUUGUACUUUAAGGGCAAAUAUUAUUUGAUUGGGUGAACAUAAUGUUGAAAUAAUGUUAGCCAUUGCCUGCAUACUCUGGACUGCAUACUCUGGAAUACUCAAGUUGGAUUGCUGUUUUUGCAAGCCGUGAUUGGUGACAUAGACAAUACUGGAUCAAGCUAGCUGAGUCGGUUGACAUGUAUUCUAGAUUGGAGUUGUUGGUGGAGGGACGUGAAUCACUUUUUUGAUGAUGCAAUGGGAGUAUGUGAGGACAUAAAAUGCUAAAAUUAAGGCAGCAAUGUUGUUACCAUUUUCAGGUUGUUGAGCAGCUGGAAGUUUCAUGUAAGUUCAUCCUUGUAAGGAUGAAGUUUGUCCCUUGUAGUUUCGAAUUGAAUGUUUUCAUAUUGGUAGAAGUUUUACAACUUACCAAAGACAACAUCCUUUUAACACUUCUUAGCUACCUCUGUGAAGUAGUUUGAAAUUCAACAAAUUGUUCACACCCUGAAGAACUGCUUAAUCGGCAACAUUUUGUCCGCACCCCAUCAUUCAUAUCUGAUUAUGAAGUCUCUUCAUUGUUUCGAUAUCUUGGGGUUUUCUUGUCCUUGUGUCCCCAGAUUGUGAGAAAUAAUUAAUUGAAUUAAUAAAUGUUCU